AUGGCUGGCAAGCAGAGUCCAAUGCGCAUGUUCAUUAUGCUGCCUAUGAUGUUCCUUAUGGGCAAAAUCGACUUUGAAAAUGGAACAACGCUCAUGGCUGCACGCACAGCUUUCUUUGUGUGCCAAAUAACCGCACUUCUCAUCGGACUUUACCUCAAACAGCUCAUCGAGCGCAAACACGAUACGCGGAAGAUCUUUGUACCUGGCGUCAAAUCGCCCUUCGAUCAGUCUCCUAAUUACGCAGAUCUGACAGAGACAACGUACGAGGCACAUGAAUUGGCUAAGGCUAAGGAGUUCAUCAAACAGACGUUAAUUGGCGCGUGCAUCUCGUCGCUAAUUCAUUUCAAAAUGGGAAUCAAUCACGUCGUUAUGAUCCAGAGCGUCAUGAUGCCCAUUAAUUUGUGGGAUAAUCCACUCGUGCAAGCGUAUAUUCUAGGAUGUCGCAAUGGCCGCAUCUGGAACGAGCGCUUUGAAGGCGAAUCGGCUGAGGAUGCCGCGGCUGCUGUAAAUGGCUCGGCGGCUACGGUUCCGACAACCGCAGCUGCGACUGCUUCGAUCAAAGACAAAAAAGAUGGCUUGACCCCCGAGGCAGCCAUUGCUGAGGCACUUGCAGCAGGCGCUGAUGCUGACUUUGAUGCACUCUGGACUGUAAUCAAGAACAAGGUAAAUGCAAAGACAGAUGAAGACCAAUGGACUGCGCUUAUGGUGGCUUGCGGCUCGCCUGUUGAUACGGAUGAAUUCAUCAAAAAACUUGUGCGAGCUGGAGCUGAUGUCCUCAGUGUGGAUGGAGAUGGUUGGUCUGCACUGCACUGGAGCGCUUUCCACGGUCGCCCAGAGGCUGCAGAGGCUUUGCUUUCAAGUAUAUCCACCGCCAAUUGCCAAAAGCUACUGGCGAUUAAGGCAUCAGAUGGCAGAACUGCGGCUGAGAUUGCUAAGGGCGAAGAGAAUGCUGACGUGCUAGAAAUCCUGGCCAGCUAUUCAGAGACCGAGGCUAGCGAGAAAGAGUCAACGUUACGCCAGCGAAAGACCGGCGCGUCGUCGAUUGAAGACGUAGACUAG